GAUACACUCAGCUCUGUCUUGACGCUCUUCGAGCACCGAACGUUUGAAUUUUGGCUUUUUUUUAAAUAAUUAUUAUCCUGCUGUAGUCCCGCCGUUAAUUAUAAACAUAUUUAAACGGACAGUUUUAUAUUUUAUGUAAAUGUAUUGUUUGUCGUAACUGCUGCUGUUCAAGCCGGUCGGACAGUGCUGGUCAUGGCGAAGAGACGCAUUUAAGGAACACAGCUGCGCUUUUACAAGGUGUGUCAUUGCUCACCUCAUGGCCGUCACCUGGUCCAAGAUCUCCACCCUUCUUCCGGCUGACGAGGACCACUUCUUCUUACACUUUGAUGACAAAGUGGAGGCGAGCGUCCUGGACGUGCUGAGACGGUGCAGGCGUCAACUCUACACAGAAACGGGGUCCGCCGCUCGCCUUCUCGACGCUCAGAUCAUCCUGGACGUCUCCUGGGAGAAGCUGAACACGGGGACUUGGCGCGACGUGGACAAGGAGUGGAGACGGGUCUACUCCUACGGUUGCCUCUUUAAGGUGUGUGCUUUGUGUGGAGAGGAGCCUGCAGAGGAGGACCUGCUGCAGGCCGUUCGCACCUGUGACAUGGGUCUGCUAAUGGGUGCAGCGAUCAUGGACGAUAGACUGCAGGCUCUGGUCCAGGUACUGCAAAAGGAAGUCGGCAAAGACACCAAAAAUGAGAAGGAAAGAGAACAUCCUGAGGUCAAGAGGAUUAAGUUGGCAUGUCCAAAUGUUCCGCUGAUCCGGAAAGAUUUGGAAAUACCCAGAGUGAAAUGUCCUUCUCUGGAGAGCUUCAAGAACAAUUACCUGCUUCCACUCAAAGCGGUGGUCUUAGAGGGGACCAUUGAACACUGGCCGGCUCUCAAUGAGCACCCCUGGAGUGUAGACUACUUGAGGUCCGUGGCGGGGUGUCGGACCGUCCCCGUGGAGCUGGGCUCCAGGUACACGGACGAGGAGUGGUCCCAAAGGCUGAUGACGCUCAGUGAAUUCAUCGAUAGAUAUGUGUCGAAAAUGAGUGACACCCCACAAGAGGACGCGGCGACCGUCUGCGGAUAUUUAGCACAGCAUCAGCUGUUUGAACAGAUACCAGAAUUGAAGGACGAUAUCCGUCUCCCUGAUUACUGCUGCCUGGGUGAUGGAGACGAAGAUGAGGUGACGGUGAACGCGUGGUUUGGUCCUGCGGGCACCGUGUCCCCGCUCCACCAGGACCCUCAGCAGAACUUCCUGGCGCAGGUGGUUGGAAGCAAAUACAUCCGCCUGUACUCCCCGGAGGACUCGGACAAGGUGUACCCGCAUCCCUCCCCGCUCCUUCACAACACCAGCCAGGUGGACGUGGAGAACCCGGACACGGAGCGCUUCCCGGCGUUCCCCGAGGCUCCGUACCAGGAGUGCGUCCUGCGUCCCGGCGACGUUCUCUUCAUCCCCGUCCAGCAUUGGCAUUACGUGCGCUCCCUGGAGCAGAGCUUCUCCGUCAGCUUCUGGUGGUCCUGAAAAACAACGAGUGGGCGGAACAAAAAAAACAUUUGGGGUUAAGUUGCGCUCCUGCCAGUUGGGGAUUGGAAUCAAUCACGGCGCUGAUUGGAAAGGCGAGGAUAAUUGCGGCGAACGUUGGGACGAGCGCGGCCGCGACGGACCUCUGAUCCGAGAACAAUGAGCGCGCGCCGCCGGAUGAUGACUUUAAUUGCACCGCUGAUGAUUGCGACAUCUAUUGUGUGGCAAGCUACGAAGGCGGGUUGAGAAAUGCAACAAAAUCAGUAAUUAAAAGUGUUCUUCUAAUUCAGAACAGGACGCAUUUUGUUCUUUUUGUGUUGUACUCUCAACCUUUUUAAAGGGGAACAUUAUCCCUAUUUCAAAAGGGUUAAAAACAAUAAAAAUCAGUUCCCAGUGGCUUGUUGUAUUUUUUGAAGUUUUUUUCAAAAUUUGACCGGUCUCGGAAUAUCCCUAAAUAAAGCUUUAAAGUGCCUUAUUUUCGGCUCUCUGCGAAGACACUGGCCAUUUCCCUGUGACGUCACACAGUGCUGCCAAUGUAAACAAACAAUGGGAAUACCACAGCAAGAUAUAGUGACAUUAGCUCGGAUUCAAACUCGGGUUUCAGUGACUUAAGCGAUUCAACAGAUUACGCAUGUAUUGAAACAGAUGGUUGGAGUAUGAAAGUAUUGAAGAAGAAACUGAAGCUAUUGAGCGAAUAGCUAUUGACGCUAUUCAUAGCCAUAGCAUGACCGAAUAGCUGCGUUAGCAUCGCCGGUAAAAUGUGCGGACCAAACGAUCAGGACUUUCGCAUCUUUUGACACUGGAGCAACUUAAAUCCGUCGAUUGGUAAGUGUUUGUUUCGCAUUAAAUGUGGGUAGAAGGAAACGUAAUAUA